GAAGGGAGGAUGGGCUAAGGCAGGCACACAGUGCCGGAGAAGAUGCCCUCUUGGGCCCUCUUCAUGGUCACCUCCUGCCUCCUCUUGGCCCUUCCAAACCAGGCACAAGUCACCAGCCAAGAUGUCUUCUUGCUGGCCUUGGGCACAGAGCCCCUGAACUGCUUCUCCCAAACAUUUGAGGACCUCACCUGCUUCUGGGAUGAGGAAGAGGCAGCACCCAGUGGGACAUACCAGCUGCUGUAUGCCUACCGAGGAGAGAAGCCCCGUGCAUGCCCCCUGUAUUCCCAGAGUGUGCCCACCUUUGGAACCCGAUAUGUAUGCCAGUUUCCAGCCCAGGAUGAAGUGCGCCUCUUCUUUCCCCUGCACCUCUGGGUGAAGAAUGUGUCCCUCAACCAGACUUUGAUCCAGCGGGUGCUGUUUGUGGAUAGUGUGGGCCUGCCAGCUCCCCCCAGGGUCAUCAAGGCCAGGGGUGGGAGCCAACCAGGGGAACUUCAGAUCCACUGGGAGGCCCCUGCUCCUGAAAUCAGUGACUUCCUGAGGCAUGAACUCCGCUAUGGCCCCACGGAUUCCAGCAACGCCACUGCCCCCUCCGUCAUUCAGCUGCUCUCCACAGAAACCUGCUGCCCCACUUUGUGGAUGCCGAACCCAGUCCCUGUUCUUGACCAGCCUCCGUGUGUUCAUCCUACAACAUCCCAGCAUGGACCAGUGAGGACCUCCCCAGCUGCAGAAGCUCCAUCUCUGACAGUGAAGGGUGGAAGCUGUCUCGUCUCAGGCCUCCAGGCUGGCAAAUCCUACUGGCUCCAGCUACGCAGCCAACCCGAUGGGGUCUCCCUUCGUGGCUCCUGGGGACCAUGGUCCUUCCCUGUGACUGUGGAUCUUCCAGGAGAUGCAGUGACAAUUGGACUUCAGUGCUUUACCUUGGAUCUGAAGAUGGUCACCUGCCAGUGGCAGCAACAAGACCGCACUAGCGCCCAAGGCUUCUUCCGUCACAGAAGGACGAGGUGCUGCCCCACAGACAGGGACCCCACCUGGGAGAAAUGUGAAGAGGAGGAACUGCGUCCAGGAUCACAGCCCACUCUCGUCUCCCGCUGCCACUUCAAGUCACGAAAUGACAGUGUUAUUCACAUCCUUGUAGAGGUGACCACAGCGCAAGGUGCCGUUCACAGCUACCUGGGCUCCCCUUUUUGGAUCCACCAGGCUGUGCUCCUUCCCACCCCGAGCCUGCACUGGAGGGAGGUCUCAAGUGGAAGGCUGGAGUUGGAGUGGCAGCACCAGUCAUCUUGGGCAGCUCAAGAGACCUGCUACCAGCUCCGGUACACGGGAGAAGGCCGUGAGGAUUGGAAGGUGCUGGAGCCAUCUCUCGGAGCCCGGGGAGGGACCCUAGAGCUGCGUCCCCGAGCUCGCUACAGCUUGCAGCUGCGUGCCAGGCUCAACGGCCCCACCUACCAAGGUCCCUGGAGCGCCUGGUCUCCUCCAGCUAGGGUGUCCACGGGCUCCGAGACUGCUUGGAUCACCUUGGUGACUGCUUUGCUCCUGGUGCUGAGCCUCAGUGCCCUUCUGGGCCUACUGCUGCUAAAGUGGCAAUUUCCUGCGCACUACAGGAGACUGAGGCAUGCUUUGUGGCCCUCGCUUCCAGACCUACACCGGGUCCUAGGCCAGUACCUCAGAGACACUGCAGCCCUAAAUCCUUCUAAGGCCAUGGUUACCGAUAGCUGUGAAGAAGUGGAACCCAGCCUCCUGGAAAUCCUCCCUAAGUCCUCAGAAAGCACUCCUUUACCUCUGUGUCCCUCCCAGCCUCAGAUGGACUACAGAGGACUGCAACCUUGCCUGCGGACCAUGCCCCUGUCUGUGUGUCCACCCAUGACUGAGACGGGGUCCUGCUGCACCACACACAUUGCCAACCACUCCUACCUACCGCUAAGCUAUUGGCAGCAGCCCUGAAGGCAGUCCCCAUGCUACUGCAGACCUACAGCUUCCUGCACACUACCUUACCCAUCCUCAACACCAUCCAUUCUGUUGCCACCCCACUCCCCCUCAGGCUUUAUAACACUGAUCACUCCAGACGGCUGCUCACAAAUCCAGAGCUCUGUCUCUGCAGCUGCUUGGCUCCUCUGGCUCUUUAUUUUUAUUUUUUUCUAUAUUUUAGACAGUGUUUUAUUAUAUAACUCUGAUGGCCUAUAACUUGCUAUGUAGAAACGGCUGGCCUCGAACUCACAGAGAUCUGCCUGCUGUGACUAAAGGUGCCAUUCCCUGUAGCUCCAAACACUUGGGGGGCGGGGAAAGUCUCUGUUUCCCCAUCUCCUUCAGACUUUAAAGAGUUCUUCAGUGAGUCCCCUAGCUUGCUGUUAAGGGAACUGUGCAAGCCUUCUAAUUAUGAGACCCAGUGGGGUCUUGCUGUCAUCUAUUUAUUCGAUCUCUCUUGGCAUCCUCCUCCACCCUGGGUUCCACAGUAUCACCUUCCUUCCUGGUUCUGUUCCUGCCUCUCUGAGCAUACUAGCAGCAAAAGAGCCAACUCUGGAGCUAGAACCAGGUUCUGGUGCUGUCAUUCACACCUGCUAGCUGUGCAAACUUAGGCAAAUAGCCUUUGAGCCUUUCCCUCUCAUCUACGAAGUGUGGGUAAUAACAGAACCCCACAGAGCAGUGUGAACAAUUGAGAGCACACUGGCUGGGACAGUCAAUGCUUAAAAUGCCCCAGUUAAUGUCCUAAGUAUUUCUUCUCUUCCUAUUCUGGCCUUUGAUGCAUGAUGACCAUCAGAAAGUUCUUAUCUCCAGCCCAGACUUCUAUAGAUCCCACAGUGUUUUGUGUGGGUUUUAACAUUUGUUUCUUGCUCCUGGGUAGUGAGUUGAAAGGCAAGGGUUAGGAUCUGUCCUUACCCCCAGCACCUUCAAUACUAUUUCAUGUAUGAUAGGUGGCAGACCUCCAAUAAAUAUCGUCUGAAUG